GCCCGGUGGAAAACUCGCUCAGUGCACGCCUCGCAGCGCGCAAGCUUUUCUGUUUUGCCUCCGCGUUCGCGAUCCAAGAAUUCGCAAUUUUGCGAAAACGCACGCUUGGAAUAGAUAAAUCGUGAAUAUUUCACGCAAGAAUAAGUAGAAAACCGCAUCGGUUUCGGCCUCUCGAGAUUGGGGUUUCGGGAAAUUGGUGUUGUGUGACGGAUUUCGGCCCUAGGUCCCGUUUUCCGCGGCCAGUUUGCCGGCAGAGCAAGGGAUUUGGUUGUUAAAUAUUUUUAAUUGCGCCUCGGUAAAAACUCACCCAUAACCAUGAUUAAAGUUGACGAAAACGAUCCAAUUGGAGAAUUGGAGCCAAGUUUUCCGUACAGAGAUGUUCAAAUCAAAUGGAAUGUUGACGUCAAACAGUUCUACGAACUCCAGUCUGAAAUCGGCAGAGGGAAGUUCGGAACGGUGUACAAGUGCAAGGAGAAGGCGACCGGGCUGGCGCUGGCGGCCAAGUUCGUUGCGGUCGGGCGUCGUCAGGAUCGGAAGAACGUGGAGCGGGAGGUGGAGAUCAUGCGGGAGCUCCAACACCCCCGGCUCAUCCAGAUUUACGACGCCUUCGAGUCCAGUAACGUCAUGUGCGUCGUCCUCGAGCUGAUAGAGGGCGGCGAGCUGUUUGAAAGAGUCAUCGACGAUGACUUCAUUUUGACUGAGAAAGCUUGCACAGUCUUCGUCAGACAGAUCUGCGAAGCUGUAGAAUUUAUGCACUCCAAAAACAUUCUUCACUUAGACAUGAAGCCGGAAAAUAUUCUGUGCCUCACGAAGACGGGGAACCGCAUCAAGAUAAUAGACUUCGGGCUGGCGCGAAAGUUCGAUCCUGGCAAGAAGCUCCAAGUUCUGUUCGGCACCCCCGAAUUCGUCGCCCCCGAAGUGGUGAACUUCGACCAGAUAGGAUUUGGCACUGACAUGUGGUCCGUCGGCGUCAUUUGUUACGUUCUAUUAUCGGGUCUAUCUCCAUUUAUGGGCGAGAAUGACGUUGCAACAAUGGCCAACGUGACUAUCGCCACGUACGAUUUUGACGAUGAUGCAUUUAGUACAAUUUCCGAGGAUGCUAAGGACUUCAUUCGCAGGCUACUCCUCAAAGACAAAGACCAGCGGAUGACCGCGACGCAGGCGCUGCAGCACGCGUGGCUGCGUCGGCGCCCCCCGACCCUUACGGCGCCCACCCCCAAGCGCACCGUCGAGCGCCUCGACUCCACCAAGGACAACCUCCGCUCCUGCGUCGAUCGCUGGGGCGACCAGACGCCUACCGCCUUCUUCAUCCAGCCGCCGGCCAUCAAGGAGCUCGAAACGGAAGAGCCCAAAUUCCCAGAGGCCAAGCCCAGCGUCAGCAUCCCCAACGACUUCCGCCCGGAGAGCCUCGUCAGCCCCACCUCGCCCCAGUCACCACUCCCCAAGAAGAUCAAGCUCCAGGGAGACGAAGAAAAGGCCAAGCCCAAGAAAACACGCACCGGAUCCAAGAAGAACAAAUCUCCGCCUACCAGCCUCAAACUUGACGUCACCAAAGCACAGAACGCUCCACCGACCAGCACGAACCUGAAAACUAGUCCGGUGCAGAGCUCUGCACCUAGUAGCACGAAUAUGAAACCGGGCGAGGCUAGUCCGGUGCAAAACUCUUCUCCGACUAGCACGAGCCGGAAACUCAGUGACGUCAGCCCGGUACAUAGCUCCGCACCUGGCAGUCCGAACCUGAAAUCCGGUGGCGUUAGCCCGGUGCAAAACUCUCCCCCGAUCAAUACGAACCGGAGGAUCAGUGAUGCAAGCCCGGCUCAAAGCUCUCCUAAACCUGUGGUUACUAACACAGCACAAGUUAGUGAAAAACCAACCUCGAAUACGUUAAACGGCCUUCCGAAGACACAACCACAAAGUCCGAAGAGCGAAAAACCAGAAAGCGCUGUAACUCCCGGCAGUAAGGUCAUACCACCAGCUGAAGCUAAAUCAACAUCGUCGAAUGAAAACAGUAAGGAGCAACAAAAAAUUACAGCUCAAGCGACUGAUCCAAAGGUUAAUAAAGUAGAGACUGUACAUGAUUCUGCACAACCGGCUAUUAGUGCGACUCAACUUUUAGAUACAAAACCAGAGCCAUCCGUAACCCAAGAACCAAAAACAGCGCCCAAGCCAGACCCGGCAAAAAGCCCGGACAUAAACAGUAAUUAUAUUGACGUGUCCCGAACCAGCACACCCAUUCCAGUGCAAAAGCCCCCUCCAAGUUCACCCUCUCCCGUAGCUCUACCCACAACCAACAACACGGUUCCAAAGCAAGGAACACCGUCACCGAGUGUCUCAACGUCUGAAAUUAAACCUAGUCCUAGUCCACCCUCUCCCCUUAACUCUAAAACCACCCCUCCAGUAUUCCCGAGGGUAAAUGUGAUACCCAUCACCGUGGAGGGCAAGCAAGAGACUAGUUCCAAGACUGAGGAAAAACCCAAACCGCCCAAGCCACUAGGCAACAGUAAUAUCUCAGGACUGAAAUCCAUCUGGGGCUCAAAAAUCUUAGCAAACGAGACCAAACACCACCCGAUCGUCAAGUACAACCGAACCAUGUCUAGCCCUACACCGAACACGGCCAAAAGUCGAACGGUAGGACCCAAGCCUCAGAAGGUCCCCGAAAGUGAAGAAUCUCAACCUAAGGUUAUUUUACACAGGAUAGAAGUAGAGGACGCGACCCCGAGUAAAAAACCUCAGGACAGAGUCGGCGUUACCGUAUCGGCUAGUGAAAAACCCAAAGACAGAGUCAGCGUGAGCGUCACGGACACUAGUACGAAUAGGAAGCCGAUCAACGAAUGGGUGAACGAUCGGCUCCUCAACGACCGGUUCAACAUCGACCGACGAGCCUCGGACAUCUCCAGCCUGGUCAACAGCGACACGUUCUUCGACGACCGUGCGGACUGCGUCGGGAGCCGCCUCGCCGAGGAGAUCUCGCGGAUCACGGACAAGUUCUGCCGCCUCAACGACGACGACAAGCGGUCGAGCGACAAGGCGGCCAUCAUGGCCCAGGAGCGCCACGACAAGAUCACGGACCUCCUCAACGGGAAGCGGCGACCCAAGUACCGCCGGAUCACCUACCUGAACCGCGACGUCCCCGUGGGAAGCGCCCCGCCGCCCACCAACAUGACGUACUACCUGACCAACUGCUUGACGUCCAACCCGGUGGGGCCGCUCUGGGCGGGGACCGAUUUCCUCUCGGCGCCGGGGACGCCACUGGGGUCGCCGCGGUCGCCCUCGGAGGGUUCGCUGGACGCCGACAUGAUCUUCCAGAUGCUCAGCGAGAAGCUCAAGGCGGACGCGUCGAUACAGAACGUGGCGCCGCCCAAGAAGACCGGGCUCAUCAACUCCUAGGGCACUCUGCCGAGAGAUGCAUCUGGUUUCCGCGUUACGUGUUCUACGUGCGCCUGCUCCAGGGUGGCAUGAAACGUAAGAGAGAAAUGAAAGAUUGGAGAUUUCGGUGAAAUAUUUCAUGAAAUUUCACGAGGCUGGGAAAUAUUCAAUAUUUUUUAGGGGCUAGAGUAUGCAACCCGCACUCAAGCACACAAAGAUAGAAGAACGUCACAAUUUUUUCAUUUUGCGAAACAUAAAAGGAACCGGUAUUUUUAAUAUCUUUCAUGAAGUUCUGAAGUUUCAUGGAAUAUUUCGCGUGAAAUUUCAAGACAUUAUUUUUUAUGAAAUUUUGCCACCCUGGCCUGCUCACAUCGAGGUGUUCCUGUUUUCCGACUGACUCUACUUAAAGCUCACUUGUUUUGCCUUCUACUUGACCUGUGAUGGAUUAGAGAAUAAGGGGGCUGUUUGUUCGUCACGUCAUUUAUUGUGAAAAGAGAGUGGGUUCCGCUCUAAGUGAACAAUUAUUGAGGAGGAAAUUCGGUACUGCAUGACGUCAUGUCAAGAUCGGUGCGAACUGCUAAUUUUUUAAAAAUCACAAGUCUCAUUACCGAGAAAAUGGUGCUACAUCAUUUUGUAAGUCGAAAUUGGGUGUGGUGAAAUUCACCUGCUGUUUCAGCGGGGCGGAUGAACAGGAUUCAAGAUUACAAAUGUCAUCUUGACAUAAUUUAUGAACGGUAUUUUUAAUACGCAGAGAUCUGUAAGUUGCUAAUCAGCUGAGUUUUCAAUGGUCUUAAACAAUUAUUUUAGGAUGAAGACUGGAGAAAAGUUACUUUCCCCCAGAAGGUCGUAAAUGAAAUUAGUAUCCUUGGUUUUCUGAGUUCAGGUUAAGGCUCACAUGUCUAAUUUUUGAAGCCCAGUAUCUUGUUAAAUAUUUUGACAUCAAACUUGGCAUUCCUGUUAAAAAGAUAAUAAUUAGUUUAUUACUGAUUGUAUAUUUUAUAAACCGUGUAAAAUGCAGAACUUCGGGCAAAAAACGUUGGCCCUUUUUCUUUAUUGGAAAAUAAAGUCAUCUGAAUUGUCACAGCUGAGGGACAAUUGUGGCUUAUUGAUGUUGCUUUUAGUGACAUGAUCGGACUCAAAAGAAAAUAUUAUCAAAGUUUAGAAGAAAAAAAUAUGAGUAAAAAUUCUGAUAUCAUCAGUGUGUAAUAUGGAGUGAGGGAAACUGAAGUAAACUUUAAAUUAGUUACGAACUCGGUAAAGAGAGGCAUUUGGACUAUUUGCGAAAAGGAAUCACUUUUCAAGCUCAUUAUGGAAACAACGUAUGUGCUGAUAGUUUUCUAUGCAGGUACGCGACGUUAUGGAUGAAUGGUUUUUGGUUGCAAAAUGUGGCUCUUUUGGCGAUCAAGUUAUUUAGUACUUAGAUCAUGUAAUUCUAGUGUGAAAUUUUCAAUCGUUUGAAAGCGUAUACCUAGUCACAGUCAGCAACCAUUUUGUGAGACAGAGAUUUCUGGAGGAAAUUUUUAGAGUCUAAGUGGACGCAACAAAAAUUCAGAUAGAAAACCGAGGGAAUCCAAGCAAAAAUGUAUAAAAAGCUAGAAAAUGGAAAAGUUGAUUUGAACUACUUGUUAAUUUUAAGUGAUGGAUGGAAAUUAAGCAUAAGUCCCCCUGAUUGUUCCAAGUAAGUAGAAAUCCUUGAAUGUUCUUAGAAGAGAUCCUACUUUGUUUUUUUUUAUUUGUUGAAUUGAUUUUAAAUGUUAAUAAAUUUUGUAAAAAAAA